GGCCUACUGAAGCCCCUUUCGUCGCUCAUGGGGCAGACGCGUUGGAGCUGGCGAGGAGGAGAGGAGACUGGGUCAAGGCAAAGCGACAAACAUCAAACACCUGGUUGAAUGGUCAGACAUGCGGUUGGUUCGCCGGAACGGAGGGUGAGUAUCCUGCUUCGCCAGUCUUCACACAUGCUGUUGCUUACUUCAGCGUCUCACACAGCCGAGGCGUUUACCUGCCCAAAGUCCUCACAAUGCUCGACAAACACCGACAACGUUGUUGGCUGCACCUCGCCUGGAGGACCAAGCCCUUUCUUCACAGUAUGCUUCGAUUAUAACGCCGUCCAGGCCGGCGCGUGCGAAAGCAUUGGGCCGAAGACGGGUUGCUGCAUGACCGAGAGCCUCGGAGCAUGCAUCACCUACCUUUGGCCCGGCAGUACACCGCGGUCCAUGUACCGAUGCUACACCGCGCAGACGAUCGUCACCAUGUUGGAAAAACCAGAAUCCGCUGAGACAACCAGUACCUCAACCACGUCAUCCACGUCAUCCACGUCGAGUACGACGACCGCAAGCAGCAGAACCGCAGCCCCGGCCGAAACAACAACGGCUUCGCCACCUCCAGACGGCUCCGGCAGCAGUAGCAACACGGGCGCCAUUGUCGGCGGAGUAGUCGGCGGCGUUGCCGGCCUAGCGCUCAUCGCAGGCGCCAUUGCCUGGGUCAUGAUCCGCAAGCGGAACAAGAGCGGCAACGUCGGCAGCGGCACGGCGUACAGUGCCGUUGCGCCGGGGGACACGUCGUACCCCGGCGCGGUCGGCGCCGUACCGCCGUCGACUUACGCGCCAACGUCAGCGUCCCCUCAAAUGUCUCAAUCCGGUUACUUCUCCCCAGGGAGCGUCAACACCACCCUCCAGCCCGGAACUCCCUACCUUGCGAGCACCACGCCACCGCCUCCCGGGGCGUACGACCCGCGGAUGUCGUACUACGAUCCCAGCAAGCAGCCCGGCCACAUGUCCCCCCCUGGUGGGUAUGCGGCGUAUCCCGGUGCUCCUGGGCAGCAGCCUGCGCAUCAAGCUGUCUCUGAACUGGACGGCAGCAUCCCGUUGGGCCACGUGGCCAAUCCGGUUGAGAUGGCGGACAAUUCAUCCACACAACGUUAGAUACCCCGGUUAUAUUAUGAGAUUUGAUGAUGGGGACGGGACUGCGGAUUUAGACAAGCGGGAUGUAGUGGGCCGGAAGACAUACUUAAUGUCUCUUCGUUAUACAUGUUCUUCGAGUUUUCUCGUUUAUUUUCAGCGGGCGGUUGUCUGUACUUGUACCCUCACCACACGCAUCCCGGAAUAGCAACUCGCGAUUCCUGGAUGGAGCACGGGUUUAG